UCGGAAGAUUUUGGCUGCGCGCACACGGACUCUGCACUUCCGCUGUCUGUGCUGGUCCGCUAUAUUUCUGACAACUCUGUAGAGUUUAACAAGUAAAACAAAAAACAAGUUUAUUUUUAUAAAAUAAGCAUUUCCUUGUGCAUCGUAUUGGAAGCGUUUCAGCAGAGCGAGACUGGAGUGUCGUUUAAGAGGUUCUGCAUUCUUUAGUGCCGAUUAUGGUUUAACCAGCGGCACUUUGUUGAGCGACAGCAGGUGAGAGACAACAAAGCAGCCAUGCUGACACUGGCAAGCAAGCUGAAACGAGACGAUGGAGUGAAGAGCGGGCGCUCCUCAAACGCGGCCCCCGAAUCUACUCGGAGAGUGUCCAUUAGAGACCGGCUGCUAGUCAAAGAGGUUGCCGAGCUUGAAGCAAACCUUCCAAAUACAUGUAAAGUGAACUUCCCAGAUGUAAACAAGCUGCAUUACUUUCAGUUAACUGUCACUCCAGAUGAAGGUUAUUAUCAAGGAGGAAAAUUCCAAUUUGAAAUAGAUGUACCUGAAGCCUAUAAUAUGGUGCCUCCUAGAGUCAAGUGUCUAACUAGAAUAUGGCAUCCGAACAUCACAGAGACGGGUGAAAUCUGUUUAAGUCUGCUGAGAGAACAUUCGAUAGAUGGAACAGGCUGGGCACCGACCAGAACAUUAAAGGAUGUUGUUUGGGGCCUGAAUUCACUGUUUACUGAUUUGCUGAACUUUGAUGAUCCCUUGAAUAUUGAAGCUGCAGAACACCACCUACGUGACAAGGAGGAUUUCCGGACUAAAGUACAAGAUUUUAUCAAGCGAUACGCAAGAUGAUGACGGCAUUUUACUUUCACUGUGGGUUUCACGCGAUGUCGCCGAACCUUCCUUACUCUGAUGAACUCUCAAACCCUAAAGAAAUUGAAAUCCUAUUCAGUAUGUAAAGUAAUUAAGACCCCACAAGUGGAUUGGACUCGGCCUGAUCAGCAUUAAGGAAGAAUGGGGUGCACUGAAAAAAAGUCAUCAAAAUAUUCAAGUCACUAGGGUGGGGGGGGACAGCAAAUUAUACUCCAAGUAACUCUUAGGUUUUGGUAUGAAAAUCGUUUUAAUUUUUUUUUUU